UUUACGCAGAGCGCAGAAGUGGAGUAUGUUGUGGACUUGUUAUGAGUUAAAGUAUAAAAUGAAAGAUUUGUCUGCUCUGAUCAAGUUUAUUAAAUAAUUCCUCCAUAUAUGCCUGGGAGGAGUAUAAAUAUCACUGCAGAAAUGAUGUUAAAUACUGUUUACUAUUUAUUUCAGAGAUAGCACUGUAGAAAUGACUCCAAAAUGGAAAACCACUAGUUCAGAAUCCACUUCAACAACAAGUUCUGGUUCUUCAUCUAGUAGUUCUUCAAGUUCAGGCAGUGAAUCUAGCUCAUCUGAUUCAGAAAAUUCUAGUAGUUCUGCUAAUAGCCAAAAAGCAUCUGAUGCGGAAAGAACAAAAAAGAAGACAACUUUCCCUCCUAAUAGACAUGGAAAAUCUAAAACUGAUACAGUUGUUACUACAUCCGUAGAAAAUAAAAGCAAAGAGAGGAUACCACCAAAGAAUAGACCUGUAGUAUAUUCUUCAGAAUCAGAAGAGUCACCAAGCAAAGUAAAAGCAACAACAAAAAGAAAAUCACCAGCCAAACCUAAAGCAACUGCUACAGUAGCACCUGUUAUUAAACAACAGAGGCUACCUGCUAAAGCAAUAGUUACUACUAACCAACAAAAAAAUAUUAUAAAUUCUAAAUUGGUCGCUAACAAACCAAACAAGCCUUGUACUUCCACAAGUACUAAUGGAAAAGUUUCUGAUAAAUCUGCAAAAACAACUUCAGAGCCUGUGCAAAAGAAACUGAAAAAGAAAAGUAUAUUCAGCCCAGAAAACAGUAGUGACAGUGACAAUGGUAUUCCAACAAAAGCUAGUUCAGCUAAACCUAUAAAUAAUUCUACAAAAUAUCCAAAAAAUCAGCAAUCUAAACCCAAACCAAGUGAUACAAGGCAGAAAGCUAUUGCUCCAAAUAGACCUAGUUUAUUGACUAAAGCUGCACAGUCGCAGAAGUCAGACAGUUCUGCAAGUUCAAAGAGUUGUUCUGCAGGAUCGGGUUCUUCAGCUUCCACAGACAGCAGCACUGAUUCUGAAUCGUCAGAGAGUGUCGCAAGUCCACAAUCACAAGUCAAGAAAAAAGAUACUCAGUCAAGUACAGCAAUUAGCACCGCCAUAAAUGUUCCACCAAAGCGACCAUCUGCAACGGUUGCACCUGUAAAACCACAAAAGUGUACAAAACGACAAGGUACUAUAAAAAGUGAAGAUGAAGCCGAUGCGUCCGCAAGUGAAAAGGAAGUGGAUGAGCAUGGAGAAACAGGUACGACGAAAGCAACGACCAAAGGCAAACGAAAAUUGCAGACUCGGAAAGGUAGCAAAUUACUUCAACUUCAAACAAAAGCGGUCAGCGACUCGGAAUCUGAUACAGGUACGGAAACGGUAGCGUGUAAACGUAUCCUGCAAAUUCCCCUGAUCCGGUGUGAUUUAUCGAGAGUAGCUGAGAGCAAGAGGAGUACCAGCAAAUCGCCUGUUAAACGUGCCGGGCCUAGUACCGCUGCCAGACACUCAUCCGGGUCCAACAGAAUACCACAAAACAGUAGUACAUCAAACGCUACUAGCGGAAGAUCAGGACAAGGCAAUUACGGUCGUACACGCGUAAAUAAGGAGAGAGAAUGUCCCCUAGCACCAACAUGUGAUUCUCGGGGUCAUCUCUCUGGAAAACUCGAUUCACAUUUCACUUUAGAAGCUUGUCCUUUGUACCAUAAUACUACGUCACAAGCUUGCGCGGAAUUUUACAAAGAGAGAAAAAAACGCGAAGAAGAUCGAAAGAAAGCUAUAGCAUGCUUAGCGAAAAAGUCUCCAAAGGGUUUGCAUCAAACAACAGAACAACGCAAUUAUCAGCUGAAAGUGCGGGAGAUGAGAAAUAAAUGGAAGGGGAACACUGGCGAUGGAAACGAAAGCGAUAGCAGUUGUGAACUUCAAGGAAACGAGAAAGAUCGUCAACCACGCUUAACGAAUUUAACACCAGAUUAUGAUUUAAAAUUGUUUAUGGAAGCGCAAGCGAUUGCUAGUGAAAAAAUUGAAAAAGAGCUAAAAGAGUUAGAUUAUGACGGCGAGGGCAGAAAUGGUGGCGGCACGCGAGUCAUUGAAAUGGGAAAAUGGGAAAUGGAAGUGUGGUACCAAAGUCCAUAUCCAGAAGAGUUUAGCCGAGCUCCAAAACUUUAUUUAUGCGAAUAUUGUUUGCGGUAUGCAAAAAGUCGACAAGUUUUAAGGAGACAUCGGGAGAAAUGUUUAUGGAGACAUCCGCCCGGUCAUGAAGUGUACAGAAAGGACAAGAUAGGCGUGUGGGAAGUAGACGGGAAACGUUAUAAGCAAUACUGUCAAAAUCUUUGCUUAUUAGCUAAAUUCUUCUUGGACCAUAAAACAUUGUACUAUGACGUCGAACCUUUUCUUUUCUACGUGAUGACCAUUGGCGAUUCUGAAGGUUGUCACACAGUUGGAUACUUCAGCAAAGAAAAGACUUCGUUCCUAAACUACAAUGUGUCCUGCAUCCUGACGCUGCCGCCUUAUCAACGGCAAGGAUACGGCCGAUUGCUAAUCGACUUCAGUUACUUAUUGACCAGAGUGGAGAAAAAGAUUGGCUCGCCCGAAAAACCCCUGUCGGAUCUGGGCUUGAUCUCGUAUCGCAGCUACUGGAAGGACGUUUUACUGCAGUACCUCUGCAACUUCGGGGGCAAAGAACUCUCCGUUAAAGAUAUCAGUAAGGAGAUGGCUAUCGAUUCGUACGACAUCGUCAGCACCCUACAGGCUCUCGGUAUGAUGAAGUACUGGAAGGGCAAGCAUAUCAUUCUGAAGAAACAGGACGUGAUCGACGACUACAAGGAGAGGGUGAAGAGACGAGGGCCCGUCUACAAAGAGAUCGAUCCGGAGUGUCUGAAAUGGAACCCCUUCCAGCCUCCCAAGACGCCCUCCGCCUCGAACUAAGGCUUGCAGCAGCGGCAGGAGCCCGGAAUGACGCCGACGCCAACGGCGGAGGUCUUCCCCUUCUCUGUCUCGUUCUCGUCUCUCUACGAUUCUCUCUCGUGCUCGUUCAUCGGUGUCGACCAAGGGCGGUGGUCGAUCUCUUUCUUCGUCUCGAUCGUCUCCUUCGUUUUCUUCCCCUUCUCCCUCUGCUCGCUCGCAACCUCUGUUCUCCUUUUUCCUCCUCCUCCUCCUCCUCCCUCCCCCUCUCCUCUCCUCUCCUCUCACCCUCUUUCUCCGCCAUUCUCGUCGCCUUUCGCGAGACUCGACAAAGCCGUAAGCGCUACAUCACGCGGAUUUCAUGCUCGCGAGCGUGCGGUGAAACCCAUGAAAAUGUUGCUUGCGAGAGGUUCCUUUUCUUCGGAUCGGCGAGUCAACACCGUUGCCGCGAUAACCCCUUCGAUCGUCACCGAAAAUCGAAUUUCUCGACCCGACUCAACCUGUAUCGCCCAGUUACUCGCACACUUGGUAACGAUGCAAUAGAAUUCAUUCCGUGACGAGAGAGACGAAUGUGCAAUUUUUGGUACUUCGUAUCUUCGAACGAUCGAUCUUUGAUCUCGAUUGCCGUUUAACGCGAAACUAUCAUCGCGUAGCGAAAACGAUUUCAAUACGGUUUCGGCCGAGAGUUGCAAAUGAGCGAGAAAUGCGUUAUUGAUCGUGCUAGUGAACUGUAAAACGGAGAAUUUUAAGCGCCGGUGAGCAGUGGAGAGGCCCCCAAAUGUCCCACAGUCGAGCUCGAUGGUCUGCAGUCUACGUGAAAAUAAUUCGGAAACCAUCGAGUCAAGGUUGCACCGAAUCGAUUACAAACGAUGCGUUACUAUAAUUGUUAUACGUCCAUCUGUGAUGACUGUUUCUUUCUUUUUUUUUUUUUUUUUUUUUUUUUUUUUUUUAAUGAUCACGGAUGCUACGAAAGUUUACUGAUUGUUCCCGAACGAUCGCGAAUAUAAUAUAUAAGGGAGUACUGCACGAUGAUAAGACGAUUGCAUCGAUAAUGUUGAUUAUUGAAGCGGAUGAAUGUUACACAUAUACAUACAGAUACGAUUAGUGAAAUGAACUCUUUGUUUGUAGUUUUAAUUCGUUUUAUUCGUUGAAAAGAAUACAAGUGUUCGAGUUGAGAAACUCUGCGUGCUUGUCGUGGAAAGAACAUUCGAGUCGCGCUUUUCAGUUUUUCCGGCGGACACUGUAGAAUUGGAUCCGACGUUUCUCCAGAUAUCAGAUAGUCUUCUUUGUUAACCAUAAAGCCAGUUAUUAGCGAUCUGUAAAUUAAAUAUGUUUUAUGUAUGUCUUAAGGUGUACAAUAACUAUUUAUAAAAAUACAAUUUUUAUUAAUCUA